AUGAGCCUUAUAUUUACACAGGCAUUAUAUCUAGCGUGGUGGAAAGAUUACAGUUUUCAAUGCGAACCUGUCGAUUUUUCAUAUACACCAAAAGCUUUCCAGGUGGCCAGAGUAUGUUGGUACUAUUUUCUGCUUAAGAUUUUUGAUUGGCUGGACACUAUCUUCUUUGUACUUAGAAAGAAGCAAAGUCAUGUAAGUUUCCUUCACGUGUAUCACCACUGUGGUAUGGUAGUAUUUUCUUGGAUUGGCGUUAAAUAUUAUCCAAGUGGUCAUGGUACUUUUUUUGGAUUAAUCAACACAUUCGUCCACGCAAUAAUGUACACAUAUUAUUUACUGUCAUCUAUGAAAAUAAACAUGAUAUCGUGGAAAAAGCAUAUCACUCAGCUACAGAUGAUUCAGUUCGUCAUAAUAGCAUGUCACAUGAGCCAAAUAUUCUGGACGGAUUGUGAAUAUCCGCGAUGGAUAGCGGUGACGUGUAUAACGCAAUCUGUCAUCUUCCUUGUAUUAUUUGCGGAUUUUUAUUACUAUGCCUACGUUAAGCCAACGAAUUCAGCAACGUCA